AUGCUAGGCUUGGGGGUUAACCGUCUUAAAGCACGGCCAUCACUGCUGGAUCUGAUAGGCAGUCGCGAGGAGCUCCCAUCUGUAACCGUCGACGACGACGGCUCCUCCUCAUCACCGCCCGGACCUGCCAACCUGCCACCGCUCCCGGACUCGCCCACUUCGACGACUUCCAGUUGGAGCUACAGCAUCAGCAAUAACAACACUAAUUCUACUAUUGAACAUCGUGUACCUUCUCUUCCAAUUCCGUCUAUUCGCAGUCCCGCUUCACACACCAUGGCGCCCGCAAAAGACGAGAACGAUGGAGACGAGCGUGGCGCUAUCUUCUCCGUCUCCGGAUCGGUCGUCGUGGCCGAGAACAUGAUCGGAUGUGCUAUGUAUGAGUUGUGCCAUGUAGGAGCUGGCCAACUCGUUGGAGAAGUCAUCCGUGUCGAUGGAGAUAAGGUCACCAUCCAGGUCUACGAGGAAACCGCGGGUGUGGCCGUCGGUGAUCCUGUGUAUAGAACUGGCAAGCCUCUUUCGGUCGAGCUUGGCCCCGGUCUGAUGGAAACGAUUUACGACGGUAUCCAGCGUCCCCUCAAGCAGAUUUACUCGGAAUCCGGUUCGAUUUACAUCCCCAGUGGUAUUCGGGUAAAUGCGCUGGAUCGUAAGAAGAAGUGGGACUUCACGCCUACGAUGAAAGUUGGCGACCACAUUACGGGAGGUGACAUCUGGGGUACCGUCUUUGAGAACAGCUUGGUGAAUCAGCACAAGGUCUUGCUCCCUCCCCGCGCCAGGGGUACCAUCACCCGGAUAGCCGAGGCCGGAAGCUACACAGUGGAGGAGAAGCUCUUGGAGGUCGAGUUCGAUGGAAAGAAGACAGAGCACGGCAUGAUGCAGGUCUGGCCGGUGCGUGUGCCCAGACCGGUCAAUGACCGACUGUCAUCCGACUCGCCUUUCGUUGUCGGACAGAGAGUGCUGGAUUCUCUCUUCCCCAGUGUCCAGGGCGGUACUGUCUGCAUUCCUGGUGCUUUUGGAUGCGGCAAAACUGUCAUUUCCCAGAGUGUGUCCAAGUUUUCUAACAGUGAUAUCAUUGUCUACGUCGGAUGUGGUGAGCGUGGUAAUGAGAUGGCUGAAGUCUUGAUGGAUUUCCCCGAGCUUUCUAUCGAAGUCGAGGGCCGCAAAGAACCCAUCAUGAAGCGUACUUGCUUGAUUGCCAACACAUCCAACAUGCCUGUCGCCGCGCGUGAAGCCUCUAUUUACACCGGUAUCACCAUCGCCGAAUACUUCCGUGACCAGGGCAAGAACGUGGCCAUGAUGGCGGACUCCAGUUCGCGAUGGGCAGAGGCGCUGCGUGAAAUCUCCGGUCGCCUGGGAGAAAUGCCUGCUGAUCAGGGUUUCCCCGCGUACCUGGGAGCCAAGCUUGCUUCCUUCUACGAACGUGCGGGUAAGAGUACUGCUCUGGGCAGUCCCGAAAGGAAUGGCAGUGUCAGUAUUGUGGCUGCGGUCAGUCCUCCUGGUGGUGACUUCUCCGACCCUGUCACCAGCGCUACUCUGGGUAUUGUGCAAGUUUUCUGGGGUCUCGACAAGAAGCUGGCCCAGCGGAAGCAUUUCCCCUCCAUCAACACCUCCAUGUCUUACAGUAAAUACACCACGGUACUCGACAAGUUCUACGAAAAAGACCACCCCGAGUUCCCUCGACUGCGUGAGAGUGUCCGAGAGCUGCUCACCAAGUCGGAGGACCUGGACCAAGUCGUGCAGCUGGUUGGUAAGGCCGCAUUGGGUGACUCGGAUAAAAUUACACUGGACGUGGCAGCUAUGGUGAAGGAUGACUUCUUGCAGCAGAACGGUUACAGUGACUACGAUCAAUUCUGUCCGCUGUGGAAGACCGAGUACAUGAUGAAGGCAUUCAUGGGCUUUCAUGACGAGGCUCAGAAGGCCGUUGCCCAGGGUCAGAACUGGGCUAAGGUCCGUGGUGCAACUGGUGAUAUUCAGACCUCCCUGCGGAGUAUGAAGUUCGAGCUUCCAGAGAACAAGGAAGAGGUUACAGAGAAGUACGAGAAGGUCCUGCAGUCCAUGACGGAACGCUUCGCCUCGGUGUCGGACGUAAUUAACGUCAACGAUCCCAGCUUGAUUUCGCUGGUGAACAAACUUCAGGAUGUCUUUUCGACAGUCGGGGUUACCAAUCCCAUCGAUUUGCCCCAGAUCGCCGUCGUCGGAUCGCAGUCGAGCGGAAAGAGUUCGGUUUUAGAAAACAUUGUUGGCCGGGACUUUCUUCCUCGUGGUUCGGGAAUUGUUACGCGGAGACCGCUCGUGCUGCAGCUUAUCAACAAGCCCGCAAGAAAUUCAGUGAACGGAUCGACAGACGAGAAGGUGGACAAUACAACGGACGAAGCGGCGAACGUGAACGAGUACGGAGAGUUCCUCCACAUCCCUGGACAGAAGUUCUACGAUUUCAACAAGAUCCGUGAAGAGAUUGUUCGCGAAACCGAAUCGAAAGUCGGCAAGAAUGCAGGUAUCUCGCCUAUCCCGAUUAACCUCCGCAUCUACUCGCCCAACGUCCUUACCCUCACACUUGUCGAUCUGCCCGGUUUGACCAAGGUUCCCGUGGGUGAUCAGCCAAAGGAUAUCGAGCGACAGAUCAGGGACAUGGUUCUGAGGUACAUCAGCAAGCCCAACGCCAUCAUUCUUGCAGUGACCUCCGCCAACCAGGAUCUGGCGAACUCGGACGGUCUGCAGCUGGCACGUGAGGUGGACCCGGAAGGUCAGCGUACGAUUGGUGUCUUGACAAAGGUCGACCUCAUGGACGAAGGAACCGACGUCGUGGAUAUUCUUGCGGGCAGGGUUAUUCCAUUGCGUCUGGGUUAUGUCCCGGUGGUCAACCGUGGUCAGCGUGACAUUGAGAACAAGCGGCCAAUCGCGUCUGCUCUGGAAAAUGAGAAGAACUUCUUCGAAAACCACAAGGCGUACCGUAACAAGGCUUCGUAUUGUGGAACACCGUACUUGGCCAGAAAGCUGAACUUGAUUCUCAUGAUGCACAUUAAACAAACCCUGCCAGACAUCAAGGCCCGCAUUUCCUCUUCCCUCCAGAAGUACAGCUCUGAGCUUUCGCAGCUUGGUGAUUCGCUGCUGGGCAACAGUGCCAACAUUAUUCUGAACAUCAUCACCGAAUUCAGCAACGAAUACCGCACAGUCUUGGAAGGACGGAACCAAGAACUCUCUAGCGCAGAAUUGUCAGGUGGUGCUCGUAUUAGUUUUGUCUUCCAUGAGCUUUACUCGAACGGUAUCAAGGCAGUGGAUCCUUUCGACGCUGUGAAGGACAUGGACAUUCGGAUGUUCCUUUACAACUCGUCUGGUCCCUCGCCCUCGCUAUUCGUUGGUACCACCGCUUUCGAAUUGAUUGUCAAACAACAGAUCAGAAGAAUGGAGGACCCCAGUUUAAAGUGUAUUUCUCUGGUCUACGACGAGCUUGUUCGUAUCUUGGGUCAACUCCUGAACAAACAGCUGUUCCGCAGAUACCCCAUGUUGAAAGAGAAGUUCCAUGCCGUUGUCAUUGCUUUCUUCAAGAAGUGCAUGGAUCCAACGAACAAGCUGGUGCGUGAUCUGGUCAACAUGGAGUCAUGCUACAUCAACACUGGUCACCCUGACUUCCUCAAUGGUCACCGCGCCAUGGCCAUUGUCAAUGAACGUCAGGUUGCCGGAAAGCCUACCCAGGUUGACCCGAAGACCGGCAAGCCUCUUGCGAGCCGUGCGAACAGCCCGUCGUUGGAACCCCAACCCGAAACUACCAACAACGCUGGAUUUUUUGGAAGUUUCUGGGCUUCCAAGAACAAGAAGAAGGCGGCUGCUAUGGAGCCUCCGCCGCCAACCCUCAAGGUGUCAGCCACCAUGUCGGACCGCGAGAGUGCUGAAGUAGAGGUUAUCAAGCUUCUGAUCACUUCGUACUACAACAUCGUCAAGCGGACUAUGAUUGACAUGGUUCCCAAGGCGAUCAUGUACACUCUCGUUCAAUUCACUAAGGAUGAGAUGCAGCGCGAGCUUCUCGAGAAUAUGUACCGUAACCAGGAACUGGACGAUUUGCUCAAAGAAAGUGACUACACGAUCCGCCGACGGAAAGAGUGCCAGCAGAUGGUGGAGAGUCUGUCUCGCGCCAGCGAGAUCGUCAGCCAGGUGCAGUAA